AUGGAUCCGGAGAAAACUCAGGAUGAUGCCACCUCUGCCGGCAGCUUCACGAUAUAUACGCCUCAUAGCGGCUCGACCACCUCCGAUCAAACCUGGGAAUAUAGCUAUGCAGUCCCUUGGCCAGGCGGGGUAUACAGGAUCAUAAACAAAACCUCUGACAAAGCAAUUACGCUUGCGAAUGGCCAUCUUUGCCUGCAAGAAACCAGCGACCCGCGCGACGAGUAUAGCCACUGGCUCUGCGUCGAGGCCAACGGCUACUUCGGCUUCUUCAAUCAAAAGGCGAACAAAUACAUCGGCCACGACGGCGAAUGGGGUAUGCGAGCAUGGGCGGAAAGGUUCCUGGACUGGGAGUAUUUCACUCCACGAAGGCAUCCCGCUGGAGGGUACCAGCUUCUCUCGCCGUUUUAUCACCACACGUUGAGGGAACUCGCCGUUGCUAACGGCGGGAAGAAGCUUAUCAGGAGAGACCAUGGAAUCACUCUGUGGGAAUUUGUGAAGGUAUCAGAAUAUUGA